ACCAGCGCGACCAUUUAUUUUCCGGUGGAACAGCUCAUAUUACCAUUUCACUAUUUAACCUCAAUCUGACCUGAAGCAAAGGAGCAGUAACAGUCUGCCGAGAUCCGGAUUUGAAACAGAAGGUGACCUAAAUCCUCUCCAAGCGAACUUCGUUUCUUUUUUCUGUUCAGUUCAGUCCAGGAAAAGAGAAAUUGCAGCAUAUAAACAAUAUGUCAGGUCUCGAUGUUGAGGCUCUGCUCGAGUCCACCGCCGCUCCGCCGUCUCAAGACCCUCCCCGUUCUCAGGACCGCGAUGACCGCUCCAAAGCCGAUAGUACCGACCGCCGCGAUCGUGACCGGUCGCGAGACAAAGACCGCAAGCGGCGGGACCGCAGCCGCGACCAACGUCGCUCGCGAGAUGUCGAUGGGGAUGAAGACAUGAAGAGCCCGAAAAGCGAACAUGGCAGUGCUAACGGAAGCCAUAGAAGCAGAAAGAGGAGCAGGAGCCGCGAAAGCGACCGCCGUCGGUCUCGUCGUGACCGCUACGGGGACGAGUACCGCUCGGGCGGUGACUUCUAUCGCGGUGGUGGACGGGCUCGCACUCGAUCUCGGUCCCCCUAUGAUGACCGCUAUUACCGCCCCUCGGGCCGCUCCCGUCGCGAUGAGCGGGAUGAAGAAAAACGGACUCGUCGUGAGCGUGAAGGUCGGAGACGCAGCCCAAGCCCGAAAAGUCGCGAAAGGACUCCGGAACCUACUGAGGAUGAACGUGACAGGCGUACAAUUUUUGUCCAACAGCUUGCUGCCCGGUUGAGGACCAAGGAGCUGAUUGCGUUUUUUGAAAAAGUCGGGCCUGUCAAGGAAGCUCAGAUUGUCAAGGAUCGUGUCAGCGGACGGUCCAAAGGUGUCGGUUACGUCGAGUUCAAAAGCGAAGAUUCCGUUGCGCCCGCUAUCCAGCUUACAGGACAGAAACUUCUAGGAAUUCCCAUCAUCGCACAGUUGACUGAAGCGGAAAAGAACCGUCAGGCCCGCAACCCGGAGGCCAGCAGCGGCAACAAUCACGCUGCUCCAUUUCACAGGUUGUACGUGGGUAACAUUCAUUUCAGCAUCACUGAAAGUGACCUCCAGAACGUCUUUGAGCCUUUUGGCGAACUCGAAUUUGUCCAGCUGCAAAAGGACGAGACUGGUCGGAGUCGGGGUUAUGGUUUCGUGCAGUUCCGUGACCCGAAUCAGGCUCGUGAGGCUUUGGAAAAGAUGAAUGGCUUUGACCUUGCUGGUCGAGCCAUCCGUGUUGGCCUUGGCAACGAUAAGUUCACUCCUGACUCGAACGCACAACGCAUGCAGAGCCAAGGUGCAAACCAACAUAAUUUCCAGGGCUCUCAGUUCUCGGGUCACGGAGGACGUGGUGUUCAGGCGGGAGGUACCAGCAACUUCGACCGUGCUGGAGGCCGUGAUUCCGAAAAGGGAGCCGGUGCCAGCGCCUUGGAUGAUACGGACGUUGCGGGUGUAAACUUCAACAACUACAGUAGGGACGCAUUGAUGAGGAAGCUUGCAAGAACAGAUGAACCCUCCGAGCCUGCUGCCGAUGACCAGCAGAAGGUGCUCCGGCCCAGGACUGAGACCAAGCCGUUGCCCGUCAAUGUCAACAUGGCGAGUCGGUGUGUCUUGCUUCGCAAUAUGUUUGACCCUAACGAGGAGGAAGGCGAAGUCUGGAUCAAAGAGUUGGAGGAUGACGUUCGCGCUGAGUGCGAAGACAAAUAUGGCCAUGUUGUUCACAUUGCACUAGAUCCCAACUCGCAAGGCGACAUCUACCUAAAAUUCGACCGCGUCCAGGGUGGCGAGAACGCCAUCAAGGGCCUGAACGGGCGUUUCUUCGGUGGUCGACAGAUCACCGCGCAGCCCGUCGUCGAUGCUGUUUACAGCAGCCUGUUCUCCCGAACCAAAGCGAUCUAAAGUAUCUGUCUGACCUGGACAUGCGCCUGCCAGACACGUACGGGUAGGUAUUUCAUCUAAUGUUUCACCAGGUGCAAUCUGUGACGGCCGGCCCACACUUUGACCUUGAACUGUCGGCUUGGAUGACACUGCCCUGGUAGGUGCCAGUCUUCUUGACAUCUUGCUCUUAUGGUUGUCUCCGGCCGAGAGCCUUGCGGAAUGAUCUGUUUAUAGGGAUUUGUACAUUGCGUUAGCGCCAAAUAGUAUUCGUAACUUCAAUAAAAGUCUAGCUAGCUGUUGU